CGUUAGCUCGUGCGAUGCGCGCGUCCUAUAAGUUGCGGUCCUGUAAACUUUGGUACAGUCGUAACCAAAAGGACAUUCAGUGAACGAUUUCAUUCAAUAGUUUGUUGAGCUGUGAUUGCGCUGAUCGGUUUGUUGUUUUAGUGCUAACAGCCAGUUACCACAGUACAGCCGUUAUGAUAAUGAACUGCGUUCAUUAGUUCGGUAGCGUUUAGCUCAGUUCUACGUAAUGUAAUUAAUAAAGAAUAAUUGAAUCUGUAUUCGAAAACUUAACUAAUUGGUGCAAGUGUUUAAAAAAUUGAGUCAAGUGUUGAGUGUUGCAAAUUUGAGUGCGAAAUGGAACGUUUCAAGGUAUCCAAGUUUGAGGAGCCAGCUGGUAAAUCCUUCAAGAACUACGGUGCCACGUCAGCUGAGAACGACGUGGAACUCAAGGGCAAACUCCUACCGCAAUCAGGUGACACCGACGACCAUGGCCUGCCGAAGGAAAAGGACAAAGCCUGCGACACCAACUUGUAUUUGUAUCAUGAUGAGAUUGAGGACCGGCCCCGGGCGGCGACAUUCCUCAGUUCGUUGGCUGACUACUCCAACACCAUCCCGACGGCUUCCGCAGCAGACCCUGAUGCUCCCAAGCCGGCACCCCCAGCUCGCAUGGGAACCCUCAUCGGGGUCUACCUGCCUUGUAUCCAGAACAUCUUCGGCGUGAUUCUCUUUAUCCGUUUGACUUGGGUUGUUGGAACUGCUGGCGCGAUUCAAGGCUUUCUGAUUGUACUUGUGUGUUGCUGUACGACUAUGCUAACCGCCAUAUCGAUGUCCGCGAUUGCAACGAACGGCGUGGUGCCGGCUGGUGGGUCCUACUUCAUGAUCGGAAGGUCGCUGGGUCCUGAGUGUGGCGGAGCAGUUGGAAUGCUGUUCUAUACUGGAACCACUCUAGCAGCGGCCAUGUACAUCGUUGGUGCAGUCGAAAUCGUCUUGACAUACAUGGCUCCGUGGCUGUCGAUCUUUGGUGAUUUCACGAAGGACCCGGAAGCGAUGUACAACAACUUCAGAGUGUACGGCACCGGCUUGCUUCUCGUCAUGGGUAUGGUGGUGUUCGUGGGAGUGAAGUUUGUCAACAAGUUCGCAACAGUCGCUCUCGCCUGCGUCAUCCUGUCUAUAACGGCAGUAUACGUUGGAAUUUUCGUUAACUUCAAUGGGAAUGAUAAACUUCAAAUGUGUGUUCUCGGAAAGCGCUUGCUAAAGGAUAUACAUAUUGAUAACUGCACAAAAGAUAUUGGCGGUGAGCUGCAUCAGUUAUUCUGUGCCAAUAAGACCUGCGAUCCCUAUUAUCAGGCACACGAAGUUUCUGUAGUUCAGGGCAUAAAGGGAUUGGCUAGUGGAGUGUUCUUUGACAAUUUACAAGAUUCAUUCUUAGAACUUGGACAGUACAUUGCUUAUGGAAAGGAACCUGAUGAUAUUGAACAAAUGGAACGGCCUACUUAUAAUCAAAUUUACGCUGAUCUUACGACUACAUUCACGAUUCUAAUCGGAAUCUUCUUCCCAUCUGUAACUGGAAUAAUGGCUGGAUCGAAUCGUUCGGGAGAUUUGGCGGACGCCCAAAAGAGUAUACCUAUUGGAACAAUAGGCGCCAUCCUAACUACUUCUACUGUUUAUUUGUCGUGUGUGCUGCUAUUUGCUGGAACUGUCGACAAUUUAUUACUCCGUGACAAAUUCGGUCAAUCUAUAGGUGGUAAGCUUGUAGUAGCAAACAUGGCUUGGCCAAACCAAUGGGUAAUACUUAUUGGCUCAUUCCUUUCAACCCUUGGCGCUGGCUUACAAUCUCUGACGGGAGCCCCACGCUUGCUGCAAGCUAUAGCUAAAGAUGAAAUAAUACCAUUUCUGGCACCGUUUGCUGUUUCUUCUAGCAGAGGCGAGCCUACAAGAGCUUUGCUUCUUACGAUGUUAAUCUGCCAAUGCGGUAUUCUGCUUGGUAACGUCGACAUCUUGGCCCCUCUACUAUCAAUGUUUUUCCUCAUGUGUUACGGUUUCGUCAAUCUCGCUUGCGCUCUGCAGACCCUGCUGAAGACACCAAAUUGGCGCCCUAGAUUCAAAUACUAUCAUUGGUCAUUAUCUCUAGCGGGUUUAGUGUUGUGCAUUUCUAUCAUGUUCAUGACGUCUUGGCUCUACGCUCUUAUUGCAAUGGGAAUGGCUGGUCUUAUUUAUAAAUACAUUGAAUACAGAGGAGCCGAGAAAGAAUGGGGAGAUGGUAUACGUGGUAUCGCUCUUUCUGCUGCGCGCUACUCGCUCCUACGUCUUGAAGAAGGCCCUCCCCACACCAAGAAUUGGCGACCACAAGUACUUGUGCUUGCAAAACUAAAUGAAGAUCUCAAUCCGAAAUACCGGAAGAUGCUCGCUUUUGCCAGUCAAUUGAAAGCUGGUAAGGGAUUAACUGUGUGCGUCUCUGUACUCGGAGGAGAUUUUACCAAGCGCUCUGGUGAAGCCGCAACAGCCAAGCAGAACUUGAGGAAAUGUAUGGAAGAAGAGAAAGUCAAGGGUUUCACUGACGUUCUAGUGGCUCACAGUAUCGCUGAUGGACUAAGCCAUUUAGUUCAAACAACGGGCCUCGGUGGGCUUAAGCCUAAUACUGUUAUUGUGGGCUGGCCUUAUGGAUGGAGGCAAUCGGAAGACGACCGUACUUGGCAUGUGUUCCUACACACAGUCCGGGCAGUUACUGCAGCUAGAAUGGCCAUGCUUGUGCCAAAAGGAAUCAACUUCUUCCCUGAUUCAACUGAAAAGAUAUCCGGUAACAUUGACGUCUGGUGGAUCGUUCACGAUGGUGGUAUGCUGAUGCUGCUACCAUUCCUGUUGAAACAGCAUCGCUCCUGGAAGAACUGUAAGAUGCGCAUUUUCACCGUUGCCCAGAUGGAAGACAAUUCCAUUCAAAUGAAGAAAGACCUGAAGAUGUUUUUGUAUCAACUACGAUUGGAGGCAGAGGUGGAAGUUGUUGAAAUGACUGACAGCGAUAUAUCUGCGUACACCUACGAGCGAACUCUAAUGAUGGAACAACGAAACCAGAUGCUUCGAGAACUGAGACUGAAUAAAAAGGAAACAAUGGGAAUGAUGCAAAAUUUGGUGGACUAUCGUGAAAAUGCUGAGGAGAAGUUGCCUCUGGUACAAGCUAUUGUGGACCAUCAUCAUGCAGACAUUAAGACGGCUAGCAAAGUGAGAUUCGCUGAGCCUGGAAGUGAACCAAACACAACUGAUGCACCUUCACCACCUCUCGCAGACAGCGAAGAAAAAGAAACUGACGAUAAGUGUGAGGGAGCUCCGUCACCGCCUCCUGAUGAGAAGAAGGAAAACAAUGCCAACGGAGAUGUACUCAAGCCUAAUAUGCCUAACAUUACACCGGAUGAAGGUACAGUACGUCGCAUGCACACUGCAGUGAAACUCAACGAGGUUAUCGUUUCGAGAUCGCAUGACGCACAACUGGUGAUAUUGAACCUACCCGGCCCGCCGCGAGACACCAAACUUGAGAGGGAAUCCAAUUACAUGGAAUUCUUGGAGGUACUGACUGAGGGCCUCGAGAAAGUACUGAUGGUACGCGGAGGAGGUCGUGAGGUCAUCACAAUCUACUCGUGAAUCAUUCGCCUCAAUCUUACUCUUAAUGGCAAUACAUAUACAGGCAUCUUUUACAAACAUUUUAUGCGAAUUGUCUUCAUAGGCGUUCUUAUGAUAUGUAUUUUUAUGAUUCUUUUAAGUAUUGUGAUUUCGUUUGAACUUUUAGGAAAUCACUUACAUUCCUGAAAUUCUAUCUCAUUUCUAUCGAGGUGUACAACAAUGUAUUGAAUUAUUAUUAUUCCUUUCUCCCUAUUAAUGUUCAACGAAAUUGUUAUGUUGUGCGGGAGCGUUGUUUUAGAGUUAAAUUUUAUUAUUGACGCUUAAAAAGAUGAUUUUUGAGAAUUAUUCACUGUUGUGUAGAUGUAUAUUAAAUUUUACGACUUAUUCUAACGGGAAGCCUUACUUAGAUUAGUUCUACGUAAGUUUGUUUUGUUCUAGAUUAGCUGUAUUAUAGAAAUCUUUGUUACAGAUGUGUCAUAUCUUUUUUAUUUUAUGGUUGUUAUAUCUUUCGACUUUAUUUUUUCUAUCUAUGUUAAGCAUAGCUAUUUAAUAGAUUUAGGUAUACAAGUAUGUGGAUUCUGUAAAAUUUAUUGUAAAUAAUACUAACUCUGGCAUAGAUAGAUGGGAUGUCUGCUCAAGUUUAUCAAUCUCGGACUGAAAAUGAAAUUAAUCUCUUAAAAAUGUGUACAUCACAGCUGCUUUGUCUCUAGUCAAUUAAUUUGAUUCAUUUUGAUUGUACUUUCCAUUUUAUGAAUACCACCAUUUCACCAUAGCUGGUAAUCAUAUUUUUCUUUAAUAAAUUAUGUAGUAGAAGAAAUACUUUUUAGGUGUUUACAAAGUGCAAAAGAGACACUAACUAUAAUAAUAUGUAAUAUUUCACGUAAUCUUUUAGCCCAUUAUUCUUAUUAUUAAUGAUUUUUUAAAGUAUAAAAGUCCUAUAUAAAUAUUGGUUAAUCAAACAGUUUAUGGUACCUUAAAAAAAUAAACUUUUAAUGAUGCCAUUGCAAAAGCUAGAGUAACUAAAUAUUAUGUUUCUAUGAAGCUGUGCAUAUAAUAUGCAAAACCAAUUAAACUUUAAGCCCAGAUUUCAAAGGUGAAGUACAAGGCGAUCGGUUCACGUUGAACUCGGUUUUUUUUUAUGGAAAAGGAGGACAAACGAGCCUACGGGUUUCCCUCACAAUCACCUGGUUUCUGAGCGUAAACGAGUUCAAAGAUCUAUUUCGCAUUUCACCAACUCAAAGUGAACGCAUUUAAACCCUUCACACGUUUACAUGCAACCCGCUUAAACGGCAGUCACUGUCGUCAAGAUUUGAGACAGUGACGUAACAGAGACAUGUCAAGUGUCAAUACUGACAGUUUUGACAAUGUUUUUUAAUUAAUACAUUCUGUAAUUUAUGGCAUUGGCUGAAUGCACAUACUGUGCACUGUGCAGUGAAAAGAAAAAAAUAUGGCAUGUAAACUCGGAUUUCAUGAACGCGUUCAAAAUGUGCCGGUGAAAUCGCUUUGUAACUGAGUUCCCGACUGUCAUGUUCUAGAAAAACCGAGUUUAUUGAAAUCGGGGCUUAAUCAGAAAUUGAAACAAAAAUAAUAAUUAAUAGGCUAAAAGAUAUGCUCAUCCUUACCAUCUAAACUUAGUAUUAAAUUAUGAACUUUACGCACAUUCGCGUAGUUUGAAUGUUUUCUUACUGUGAUCGUUUAUAUAAAAUUUUUGUCAUCUUUAAUAUACAUCUCGCUGAAUAUCUUUUAGAUAUUUUAUGAGAAAUUUAAUGUUUAAGCAACGCGGGUCUCUGAUUCUUCCCGUUGCUUGUUAGACAUAUAAAUAAAAUUGAAUUAUCUUCUACUUAAGUAAACAUAUAUUCCUAAGCAUAAAACUAGACUAAGUUAUAAUAAUUAAGAACUUGUAAUAACAUUCCAAAGUAUCAGCCGCAGCGGUUUCCAAUAAGACAUAUUAUAUUUGUUAACACUUUUUGAAUAAGCAUAGCUUUCCAAGUCGUUAUAGGACAUCAAAAUAUUAUCGCUAUUUAUUUUCAGAAAAAAAAUUAUGAUUUAAAGUUUACUAAUCUAAAUUAAGCAUUGGUCUCUGCUACAACUAGAUACCGCACUACGUAAGAGCAAUAACUUUCUAAUUGCGGCUACUAUUACGUCCUGACACUCAACGGCAUCGAUAAAAUUAAAUUGAAAUUAAUUUAAAGUUUGACAGAACAUGACAUUGUGACACAUCAACGUCACUCAUUGUUCACCACGAGACCACGCGAGCAUAGAUGAUACAAUAUAUACCAUAGACACACGAGAUUGGCUCGAGUACGCCUAGUAGCGUAGUAGGUAUAAGUUGCCACACUAGACUAUGCCUGCGCUAUCUAGUUUUAGCACAGCGGAGACCAAUCAUUAAUCUAAGAACUCAAGUUUUAGUUAAAUUGUCUUUCACUGCCUUAGUCGAGAUCUAGUCUAUGAACUAUCCAAUAACGACAGCUGAACUACCAAAAUGUUUAGUGUGUUAUUGCAAAAAAAUCGGACAAGUAAUCCUCUUGUGGGCUUAAGCCCGUUUUAAUAUUUAUAAGAUCGAUAUAUGGAAUAAUCUGAUUGAAAAAUCCAUCAAUUUUCAAUCACUGCAGCACUAAAUAUUUAAUAAGAUUAAAUUAUAAUAUAUUCCAAUCUAAGUAAAAUUGUCAAUUUACAUUUAUUAGGGGCAUUCUUGUGUGAAGAGUGGUAGAUAACUGCCAAAUAAGUUUCGGUGUUUUUAAUAUAAAUGUAAGAUCUUAAUAAUAAAUAAUUCAUGUUCGAUAAUUCAAUAUUGUAGGAUAGAUGCAAGCUGAUAGAGUUUUAAUCGUAAAUUAGUGCAUUGUAUUUAGUAACUAACUCAAAAUAAGUACCUACUUACCUUGUUCAAGAAUUUUUUUUUUAGUUUUAUAAAUAUACAUGUAUCUAUUUAAUCUCUAAAAUACCUUUAUAUGUAUACUUUACCGAUAUGCUUUUCACAAAACUUUUUGCCGCGCUUUGAAGGAAAAUGUACAUAGGUUAUAUGUACAUGUACAUAUUACAUUACAUGUACAUGUAAUUACCAAUGAAGAGUAAAUUAAAAAUAAUUUGCAAACACAUUUAACAAAUAUAAUGUUUAUGAAACGAUUAUAUUAUUAAAAUUAAAUAUAAAUCUAUGUUUUAGCUUACCUUCUCUGGAUAUACCUGCAGAUUAACUCGGUCCUAAGUCUAAAUAAAUAAGUAAAUUAAUUCCAUGGUAUUUGUCUGUAAAUCUCAAAAAUUUGAAUUUGACUACCGCUAAUUGAGUCCUAGGGAGCUUUUUCUUUACCUACAUUACUUCCUAAUGGAGGUAAAUAAUUUAGUUACCGGAACUUUUCAAUCUGGUUGCUUCAUAACCUAAAAUAUUUUACUAUUGGUUGUAGUUAGAUUUUUUUUUUAUUGACAUAGGUACUAUGGUCGUGUAAUGUUUCAUCUUAUGCGUCUGCCUUUCAAAGAAAAAUUACAUUGAAGUGAUAUAUUACGUGUGAUUAUUCUAAAAGAAAAAGCUUAUGGAAUACUUUAAAAAUUAACUUGAUUUAAUGUUAUAAUAAUUAAGAAUAUAAUUUAGAUAUAUUGUUUAAAUAAUCGCUACGGUUAUUAAAUAAUUUCUUCCAGAAGAUUCAAAUUAUUUAAUCACAAAGUGAUAGAUCUAUAUUCAGGGAAUAAAUCUAAUAGUGACAUAUCUAUAUUCAAAAAUUCAAAUAUAAUUUAAUUAUGUAUCGUAAAACAAUAAUAUGAAAAUUUUCAAUAUAGAUAAUACAUUCAUUAAUUGCAAGACAUUUAAUAGAGGAAUUAAAAGAUUUAAACAUUUUGAAAAAAGUAAUUUAAAACUUCUUAUACCUCCUAUAUAAAUAUAAAUAUUUAAUAAUUUAUAUAAAUAAAUAUUUACUAAUAUAUUACUAACAUCUAUUAGAAUGUAGAUUAAACUUAAUUCAUCUACUUACUGUAGAAAUUAUAUUCUGAAACGUAACAUUAACUAAAUCACUUUUUUAAUAUUCGAUUGUUUGAGGUUAACAAUAAUUUUUUGAAGGACGCAUGAAGUAGUUACCUAAUAUUUACAAAUAAAAUGAUUUUCUACAUGGACGAGUAAAAAAAGUAGGACUCCGCGCUGUGAUAUUAGCAAGUGAAGCACUUUUAUGCUAGUUUGUGUGCGGUUACAGGGAAUACCAGUAACACAAUUUUGUCUCCCUUAAUUAGUCAUAUAUGGCCACAAUUACGUUUAACUCCGAUUUUUUUAAUUCAGAUAGAUUGUUUAACACUUUUUACAACGCCCGACGGUAUUUUAAAAAUAUUUUGAACUGAUCUGUCACAGACGAUGGCAAUUCUCAUAAUGGCGGGCGAUCGGCUUGUAUUAGUGUAAGUGUGUGCGUGGGGCUAAGUAAUUUACACGUUAACCGGCUUGUUUUGGUUGCUUCACUGUUUUCUAAGGUGAAACCGAGUCCUUCUUUUUUUACUCGUCCGUGAUUUUCUAAAAACAGAAUCGCAU